CAAGUGUUCAGAGAUUCGCUCCGAAUCGCAUAUAAACUCUGCGCGGUUCGGUUCGGUGUCAGAAAUCAUGGCGGAGGAAACGAUCCUGAAAGUUUUGUGCGGGAAUCACGGAUCGAUGGAGUACGAGCGUCUUUUGGAGAUUUCAUACGGACUGAAAGACAUAUCAGCGGAGAAUUCACUGGAUAAAAUCAUCCGCCGCAGCGACAUCUUCACCGUCAUUCAGCGAAGCGAAAGCAAAGAGGUUUUCGCACAAACUACCGUCGAACUGUGUAGAAAGAGCGAGUGUGGCGAGCUGUGUGGAAACCUGCACCUGUGUAAAUAUGAGCUGAUGAUGGGACGCUGCAGCAGGCACAGCUGCAGUUACGGACACCAGCUGAUGUCUGAACACAACGUGAGGAUCCUGAGAGCUCAUGGGAUGAUCUGUCUGAGUCGAGAAGAUCUGUGUGUGAUAUUUCUGCAGUCCGACAGCGGCCUCCUGCCUCCCCUGUGCGUCGCGUACAACCGAAGCCGAGGGCGGCGUGGAAACUGUCCGGACGGAGAGACGUGCACGAGGCUACAUGUGUGCGAGAGCUUCGUCAGAGGACGCUGCGGUGACACGGACUGCGGCCGCACGCACGAUUUCCACGAGCCUCAGGCGAGAAAAGUGCUGCGCUCCAGAGGAGUGUCGCAGCAGCUCAUGAACUCGCUGCCCUUCAUCUACCGCAACAUCCUCGCGCUCAAGACGCUCAAGACUCAAGCGGACCGCGGGAACACAGACAUCCAGCCUCACAGAAGCUCUGACGGAGAGAGUGAGAUCUGCCUGUCGUUUGUCAGAGGAUUCUGCGGAGCAGAUAAAUGCAGUAAAACACACUGUAAAAUGCCCUAUAAGUGGGAGGUGAAGGUGGGCUGCAUGUGGCACGAUUUACCCAACAGCGAACAGAUCGAGCGAGAUUACUGCGAGCCAUCCAACAUACACAGUUCUGGAAACGAGCCGGUGUGUUUUGAGGAAAUGACUCUGGGUCUGGAUAAGGUCCGGCGUCUCUCCACGCAGUCCUCGGUUCUGCUGCCCGGCUUCACCCUCACCACCUGCUGGAGCUGGUACUGGAAGAACGAGUACCACCGCUGGAUCCAGUACGGGUCGAUAGCGGAGAUGCACCGGAUGUCUUCGGUCAGCAUCGAGCAGCUGGAGCUCAGAUAUCAGGAGUAUCUGCAGCAGGAGCAGGAGGACGCUGGGAUCAAGUUUAGCGCGGGAAACUGCUUCUAUGAGCUCCGCUUCACAGACAUGAAGCAAAGAAAUGAGGUGAGCGGCACAGAGAGAGCCGUCAGGCGCCGGCCCGUGUUUGUCUCGUCGGUCGGCGUCCAGAUCGCCAGAACGAGAUGUUGCGGCGCCAUUAAGACUCACUUUUCUAAAGGCGUUCCUGGAUUUUGGGACCAAAAUGCCAUUCCUGACUUUGGAUUUCAGAGAGUCCGUCUCUGGCCGUCUCACAGGGAUUACGUCAGAGUCCACGAGCGCUUCAGCCAAACUCUGAGGGGUUUUACCGUCCGCCGGAUCGAGCGUGUGCAGAACAGGGAACUCUGGGAAGACUUCAUGUUAAAAAAGGAGCGGAUGAAAAUUACGAACAAGCAGGAGAAAUUUGGCGAUCGGCUUUUAUUCCACGCCACCGAAUCCUCUCUCGUUGAAGCGGCGUGUCUGAGAAACGUUGACUUUGAGACGUCGGAUACAGCAGCGUAUGGACAGGGGAUUUAUCUCUCAAAGGACGCCAGGUACUGGAUUGAGCGUGAGGACGGUUGUGCGACGAGGCUGAUGUUCGCGUGCAGGGUGCUGGUUGGGUAUUACACCAGAGGAGCGGCUCGUUUCCGCCACCCUCCGGCCAAAAACACUGAAGGAAGUCUGUACGACAGCUGUGUGGAUAAUCCACGUGACCCGUCCGUUUUCGUAGUGUUCGACAGGUGUCAGAUCUACCCAGAGUUUCUUAUUACCUUCGAGGACAGCAACAAGUGUUUAGUGUCUGGUAUCGCUCGGGUAGACGCAAAAGAAACUAGUCAAACCGCUGAAGCCACAGAACCAGAGCGAACCACGUUUAUCUCCACCAACUCCAGCAGGUGCACAAGCUCGGACAGUUCACUCGAGGGUCCAGAUUCUGAUCCAGAACACACCUCAUCCUCCUCCAGACGAACAGAACCUCUCAUUACGCUCUUAAGCUCAACAUUAGACACCGAUGUGGGCGUCUCCGCUGCACUUCCUGUCUCAGCUGAACUCUUUUCCACUGCUUUUCCUGUCUCUGCUAAAAGUGCCUCCACUCCACUUCCUGUCUCAACUGAAAGUGCCUCGAAUGCACUUCCUGUCUCAACUGAAUGCAUCUCCACUGUACUUCCUGUCUCAGAAAAACACAAUUCCACUGCACUUCCUGUCUCACCUGAGGACAUUUCUACUGCAUUUCCUCUUUCAGCGAAGGGCAUAUCCUCUGCACUUCCUGUCUCAACGGAACGCAUUUCCACUGCACGUCCUGUCUCAACUAAAAGUGCCACGAAUGCACUUCCUGUCUCAACUGGACGCAUCUCCGCUGUACUUCCUGUCUCAGAAAAACGCAUUUCCACUGCAUUUCCUGUCUCAGCUAAAAGUGUCUCCACUGCAUUUUCUGUCUCACCUGAGGACAUUUCCAAUGCAUUUCCUCUUUCAGCGAAGGGCAUUUCCACUGCACUUCCUGUCUCAAGUGGAAGUGCCUCGAACGCACUUCCUGUCUCAACUAAUCGCUUCUCCCCUGCACUUCCUGUCUCAAGUGGAAAUGCCUCGAAUGCACUUCCUGUCUCAACUAAUCGCUUCUCCCCUGCACUUCCUGUCUCAAGUGGAAGUGCUUCGAAUGCACUUCCUGUCUCAUAUGGUUCUAGUUCUGUGACUAGCAGAAAACCUGCAGCGCAGAAGAACAGCUGCACUGUCAUGUGAUCUGUUACGGUGCUGCACAAAUGAUUUUCUUGCUUAGUAUUUCUGUCUUGUGUUCUAGUAUAAACAUCUAAACAUUCUUGAAUCAAGAUGCAUUUACUG